GCAAGAUGUGAAAAGGGAUGUUUGGCUAACGUGUUUAUGAGAACAGUGUACCCUCGUCGCUCUUGGAAGAUUUUAGGUGUUCUGCUCCCUCACAGAUUACAACAAUACAAAAUCCAGUCAUGCCGACCACAGAAAAUAACUGGGAGGACGAGGAUUAUGAUUAUGGAGAAAAUGUGACAGACUACCCUAUAGAUAGUAAAAGUAUUGCAGCCCCGUGCUUUCAAGAAGAUAUCUAUGCUUUUGCACACAAGUACUCCCCUGUUGUAUUCAGCCUGGUGUUCAUCUUUGCUGUUAUUGGCAAUGUGCUGGUGCUGUGCGUAAUCAGACGCUACAGAAUCUCUCAGAGUGGUGGAGCCUGUGCUUUUUCCUUGACAGACACCUUCCUCCUUCACCUGGCAAUUUCUGACCUUCUGCUGGCCUUCACCCUGCCCCUGUUUGCAGUGGAGUGGGCUCACCACUGGAUAUUCGGCUUGGCUGUUUGCAAGAUUUCAGGUGCUCUCUUCUCCCUGAACCGGUACAGUGGCAUCCUCUUCCUGGCUUGCAUCAGUUUUGACAGAUACCUAGCCAUCGUUCAUGCUGUCAGCUCAGGCUGGAAACGGAAUACAUGCCAUGCCCAGUUUGCGUGUGCCAUCAUCUGGAUAGUCUGUCUGAGUUUAAGUGGAAUUGACAUUUACUUUAAACAGGUGGUGACGAUAGACAUUGUGGGCCAGCAGAAGGGGCCCCUGUGCCACGAGUGGUUCACUGAAAACUCCUUAGAGUGGAAGGUGGGGCUGCGGUUUGUCAGUAUAGUUCUGGGUUUUGGUCUCCCUCUCCUAAUCAUGCUCUACUGCUACAUCCGGAUCUUCAGGUCUCUGUGCAAUGCCUCUCGCCGCCAAAAGCGCAAGUCUCUCCGCCUCAUCAUCUCUUUAGUGUCCGUAUUUGUAAUCUGCUGGGCACCGUACAACUGCUUUCAGCUGGCAGACAGUCUGCAGAAGCUGGGUUUGGUGCGUGAAAGCUGCGAGUUUGGCCGUGUGCUCGACAUUGGAACUGUGGUGACUGAAAGUUUGGGACUGUUACAUUGUGCCCUCAAUCCUCUGCUCUACGGCUUUGUAGGGGUUAAGUUCAGGCGGGAGCUCAUCAGAAUGUGCAAGGGGCUGCUGGGACAGAGGAGUUGGCUGGCGAUGGAAGGCUGGAGGGAGCGAAGACUUAGAAAAACCACAGGGUCGUUCAGUUCUGCAGAAAGUGAAAACACUUCGUACUCUGUCAUGGUGUGAUUCUAGUCAGAGACACAUAAAGAAAAAGGAAAAGGUGAAGAUAUUUCUGUGGUUUUACAUGUGAAGGAUGCUAUACAUAAGUAGAAUGAGGUGAAAAUAGAAAUAAUGUUCUCAAAAUUAUAAUUUGCUAAUUGUUUUUGGUGCUUUGCUAAGUUGUUGAAAUACUGCAGCUUAUUUUGUCUUGACACCCCCCCCAGCCGCCCCCAAGAAUGAAUACUGUAGUAAAAUCAUUAUGUGAUGAGAAGCAUGAAGUAAACUGACUGCAAAAUGCUGAGAAAACAAGUUGCUGUGACAUCUUUUGAUUUCUACAUACCCUUAAAAUGCUUGAUCAGCAGUAAUGAGGACUCAAGAGUUGUAUCUCACUUAUUUAUACCCAGUGAAUUGUAAUUUUCUUUAAGAUCUAAAAGCUGUAUAUGUUAAAAUUCUUUUGAUUUUUUAUCAUGACAUUAAAGCAUUAUUUUAUCUGUGUGCUAUAAAGUGCUCUGUGCUGCAAAAGAAGAAAUAAAUAUGGUUCAUUUAAACUUUGUAUCUAUCAUUAAAACCCAACCUUUAUUGUUGAUCGAUGAUGAACAUUUUUAUAUUUUAUAUUUUUAAAAGGAAAAAAAAAGUCUCUACUGCAUAUUUUUUCAUUGUUUCCCUUCAGAUUUGCUCUGGAAAACCCUCAUUCAGUACAGCAUGCAGCUGCCAAUGUCAUUAUUAAUCUGACUACUGAAAAUACUAAAUGGACCAGAGAGUGAUCUGGAUUUAACAUCUAUAAUGCAGCUUGAGAAUACUUUUUUUUCCUUGGGGGGGGUAUACAACAAAGCUAAUCAAACUGUAUGUGUUAUUGUUUUUUGACUGAGUUCGCUUGCAGGU